AUGGCUACCCCUAGUGUCCUAGCUUUUGACGCUGAGGGUAGGGCCAUUGACUUUGACGUCUGGGUCGACGACCUGCAGCUUUUCUUACAGUGCGAUAGGGCAGACGGCCUCUCCCUCUUUGACCUCACUUCUGGUGCCUCUCCUGCCCCCGCUGCUGAUGGUGACGCCACUUAUAAGAGUGCUCAGACCUUGUACGAUGCUGUAGUUGCACGCUACUCCUCCCCUUCCACUGCUGCACUGAGCCGCCUCAUGCUACCGUACCUCUUCCCUGACCUUACUGCCUUUCCCACAGUCGCUGACCUCAUUACGCACCUCCGCACUAGUGACACUCGCUACCGUGCUGCGCUUCCUGCUGAGCUCUGUGCCAAGAACCCCCCCCCCCCCAUGUACAUCACCCUCUACUACAUAAUCACCCGGCUCCCUGACUCCCUUCGCGUAGUCAGGGACCACUUCCUCUCAAUUUGCCCCACCACUCUCACCGUUGACCUCCUCGAGAAGGCCCUCCUAGCAGCAGAGAAGAGCAUAGUCGCUGUAGGAGCCUCUCGUGGUGACCCUCGCACCCCCAUCUUUGAGGGGUGUUCCCCCUCCCCUCUUUUGCCCUCUGUUGCCUCUGCUGCUGCGGCCGACCUUGUUGGUUUGGAGUCGGUCGGUGCGGCGUCUACCCCUAGCAAGAAGCGUCGCCCUGGCAAGGGCAAGGAGGGCAGGGGCGCUGGAGGAGCUAGCGGGGGCGGUGGAGGCGGCGGUGGAGGCAGUGGAGGGGGUGGGGGUGGUGGUGGGAGUGGUGGCGGGGGUGGAGGUGUCGGCGGCGGCAGUGGAGGCGGAGGCGGCGGCGGCGGUAGCGGCAGGAGCGGAGGUGGUGGAGGUGGCGGAGGUGGAGGAGGCGGUGGCGGAGGCGGAGGAGGAGGAGGUCGUGGCUCUUCGCAGAGGAAUGGCUCCGGUGGUGGUCAACGCCAGCAGCAGCAGCGCAGUCGGGAGACCCUGUCCCCUCAGCAGCUCCGUGAGUGGUACGCUGCACGCCAGCGGGGUGGGGGUACUGGUCCGUGCACCUACGUUCUGCGCACCGGCGACCGUGCGGGUGAGCAGUGUGGGGGUGCGCACCCCACCCAGCGCUGCUUUGGCUGCCUGAUGGACGCUUGGCGUCACCAGUUCCCUGAGGCCACUGAGAUCCCUCGCUGGGGCGAGCUGUCUAGGGCAGGGGUAGCUAUCUUUGACCUUGACUUUGAUGCUAUUCUUGCUGCUAUGUAUUCUGUGUCUAUUAGUGAUGAGGGUGACUGCUACCGGUGUUUCCCGCCCGACCCGGGCAUUGAGACUGCUGCUCUAGGUGCUGUCCCCUAG